UUUAUUACAUGACCACGUUUCCAUACUGACUUAAAAACUGUAAAGUCUAUAGAUUUACACUGAUGCGUUAUCCUAAAAGAUGAAAUUCAUGUAGAAAUUGCAGAAAUAAAGUGAGCUAAACAAUGACUCUUUUACAAACAAUGGCAACUUAUGCCACCUUGUGGACAAUUGCUGACCUAAUUGAACAGAAAUUUAUCUGUAAGAAAGAGCGACUGGACCGCCAGAAGUCUCUGAGGAUGUUCACGGUCGGAACAUUUGUCAUGGCACCAAUGGUGUUUUCCUGGAUGUUCCUUGUGGAACGGACGUUUCCAGGAAGGACCUUUAAAACUGUGGCAAAGAAAAUGAUAGCAGGGCAGGCUGUGUUUGCCCCCUUUGCAAUAUCAACUUUUUAUUUCACAACAUGUAUGCUCGAGAAAAAAUCUCUGCAGCAGUUUAAAGAAGAAUGGUUACAAAAAUUUCCAGUCACAUACAAGACUGGGGUAUCGUUCUGGCCAAUUGUUCAAAGUAUCAAUUUCUCACUAGUUCCAUACAAACACCGGACCAAAGUGAUGGGCUGCGCUUCCUUUGUGUGGUCCAUGUUUCUCUGUUAUGAGAAAGAAUCUUCCAAGUCAUCCAAGAACUGGUAA